CGCGUGACGUUGAUCACUAUGCGUGGUUUUGUUUUCAUACAUGCGUCAACUUCACAUGCAUGACAGUAAUUUGAACAUUUCAAUUACGAGAUAGAGCACCUGAAAGAAUGUCCCCUGCGCUGCUAGUUGCCUUUUCGGCCUUACUUUCCAUAAGCAUCGCUGACCUCUCAUCUGAAUAUGCCCAUCACGCGGUGUUGGAUCCUGCGGAACUAAUGAAACUGUAUUGGACAGUUGACUGGGACAAGGAGACCAUAUCGUUCGCUGUUGAGGCGGCGACUACUGGAUGGGUCGGGUUCGGUUUCUCUUCAGGUAACGGCAUGAUGGUCGGUAGUGAUGUUGUUAUCGGUUGGGUGAAGGAUUCCAAAGGAUAUCUCACGGUAGGUUAAAAAUAUGGAGAUGUUGAUUUUGAAGUACUUGAAGCACAUUAAAGCUCAAGGACAGUAAACUUUCACAUUCCUACUUCGUUAUGAAGAGCUUUUAAGGCCAUGCGUCCCCUAAUUACCAAAAAGCCAGUGUCACUUUUGAUUAAAAUUCUCGUACCCGCAGUUGCUGUUAUAAAAAAUCUCCCAUAAAGUACCUAAUUUAAACUUUGCCUUGUGCAGGUUCCCCUGCAGUCACUUAACACUUGAAAGCCGAAGGGGUCCGUUUGUGUGAGAUAUAUAAAUAUGGAUAAAUAGUAGGCUACACACUUUCAAAGUGUUAGGUUAGCCUAGAAGUAUGCAAUAGCAGCUUUGGAAGCAAAAUUUCUUGUCAUGAGAACACUUACAUAGCUUGGGUGAAAAAAGUUGUCACACUACGUGAUAUAUUAUCGUGGGUGUGUGGGUUGGGGCAAUACUCUCCUAAAUAAGGUACCUAAAUAAAGACGGACCGGCAAAUGGGCGUCAGAGACGUCCCUCACCCCUUCAGAGCUUCCUGAGAAUCCUGCCUAUGAUUGGACCUACACAUUUUUAAAGGUUUAUAUGAUUCAACAAUUGAGGCCUAGCUUGAACAGACGAUAUUAACUCCUAUGUUACGAAACUUUUCCCAUCGGGAGUUACCUAAGGAUAUGAAAUAUGCAAUUUACGGACGGUAUUUUCUUACCUUGAUGAUGACCUUGUAAAUAGUUCACUUAUUGCUGGUUUUCAGUGUCACGCCAUUCAAAAUAGAUCAAAAUAAAAAUCAAAACCAUUCAACAGAUAAAGUCCAGAACCUGAAAAAUGAAAGGAGAUAAAUAUACCAAGACCCUCGCCAAGAUUUGGGUGGAAGGAAUAAUUCGUGUAUGAGAUAUCCGAGGAACUGUUUUACCCAAAUUAAGAGCUUUGUAUGGAGACGCCAUGCUGGAGCUCAUCCGAUCCCAACAUGAGACCCAACAAAACAUCCCGAGUUUUUUACUAAAAUGGACCCUAGAGUAACUCAAAAACAUUAAAGAACACUUUUUUCUAAUACUUGAAUUGUUUAGAUAGAAAAUUUCCGAAAAAGUCAUCCCGUAAAGUCGACCCCAACCGCAAAUGAUCCCGAGACCGCAAAUGAAAAAAAUGGACCGCAAAUGAUCCUCGACCGGAAUGGAAUGAUCCCGUGAAAACUUUGGAAUGGGGGACUGAUUACAAAAAAGGACUGAUUAUAAAAAAAGAACCUUUUUCUCUCGCCUUUUAAAGAAAAAGGGAAGGAGGACGCUAUAUCUCAGGUCAAUUUAUACAAGGCGAAAAAAAAAAAUGGAAUAAAACUGAAAAGGUAUGGUAUUAACCGUAUACUUCUUCCUUUGUCGAUUGCCUCAAUUUUCUUUCAAGAAUGUUUCGUCUUCUGAAAAAUUUAAGACAGGUAGGACGUUACGCCUAGAAGCUCAACUUUUCUACUAAGGAAUACAAACCUUCUACAUGACAAGAGCUUUAUUGAUUUUACUGAUCUUUUUGAAAGCGUGAAAUUAAUUAAUUAGCAUGAGGCAAAAGUCGUGUGUUGCCCACCGACUUCGUUUUUACACUUGAAUGAUUUUUUCAUUUAGUCUUUAUUCAUAUAUCUAUUUUAGAAGUAAAAUUUAGCUUUUAAUCUGACUUAUUGUAAUAAUAAUAAAAUCGACACGAUGAUCCGCUAACUUCAGUCCAAGUCAUUCCUACUUUUCUUUCGGGAUCAUUUGCGGUCGACUUUGGGGAUCACUUGCGGUCGAGGAUCAUUUGCGGUCCAUUUUGGGGAUCAUUUGCGGUCUCGGGAUCAUUUGCGGUUGGGGAUCAUUUGCGGUACUGUACAGUACUCUAUUACAAAACCAAGAAACCUUUUGAAGCGAAAAUUUGUUUGAAAAUUAGUUUUCAGCUGCUCUAAUACACCAUGAAAGUAAAAUCUCAGUAGGAUCGACAGUUUUGAAGUUUGAAUUUUAGUGACGUCAUCUGAAAACCGCAACAAUAUUACCCAAUGAUUCUAACAAUUAGGCAGAGUGGAUGUCAGAAUAGCUUUGUAACGCCUUUUUUCGUCAUUAAGAGAACUUUGGUCUAAACUACAGCUGUAAACUAUUGUGCAAACACAAUUUUCACCAAAUUUCGGUCAAUCAUUGAUUUAGAAAAGUAACUUAUCUUUAGCAUUGUGUUUAGGAUCGAUAUGCUGACGCAAAAUCGUUACCACCAAAGGAUAGCGAACAAAACUACGUCUUAACUGGCUUCCAGGAGAUUGCCCAAACAACUGUGUUGAAAUUUAACAGAAGGUUUGAUACAUGCGAUUCCAGGGACAGGAAGAUAAAGGUAAGGCAGUGAAAAAAGAGAAUCAUAGUUCACUUCUCCUUCUAUAAAUUUCUGAGCUCUGCUCAACCUCGUUCCCAGGAUUUUCUCCUACCUGGUAGGAGAGAACCCUGGGAACGAGGUUGAGCUCUGCUGGCUUUAUACCUUUCGCAGGUUUGAUGUGGCAUGGAUAAAAAAUAUAUAUAUAUAUGUAUUGCAAAGCUAAACUCGACCUUCCAUUUACUUCCUCUUUUUCUUGGAUGAUACUCGGAGAUGUUGACAAAGGCUCUAGUCUUGCCGGGACAACUUUUUACGCCAUGAUAAGAUACGUCGUCCUUUCUUUGAUUUGCUCUCUUUAGAAACUGUCUUAGGUUCUGUUUAUGGCCAUUAACCAAUCAUGUUAAUGCUCAACCUAAAUGUUAUUCUGCACCAACUUGUAUUUGUUGUAUCAUAGCCUUCAUAAAAACCUGUUUAUCUCAAUUCCUACACAGCGUAAUUAACCAGGAUGUUUUGUAUCCCACAGGAAGGCACCACAAAGGUAGUGUUUGCUUACCACACGGAGGAUCCCGAGACUGAAAACGAUUUUAAACAGCACACUUUCAGAGGUUCAAGGAGCAUAUUACUCCUCAACAACAUGGACAAGAAACAAAUCAACGAGACAGGAUGGAAGAGUUUUGUAGUUCAAAAUAAAAAUGUAAGAACGUACACUACGUAGACCUCCAAGAAUGUACUUGUUACAGUUAUGUUGUUUGAUUUGCACACGAGAGAAAGAAAGCGCUGUCGAUGCCUUUGAUAAUGAUCAUGGGUUUAGUAAUUAUUAUAAGAUAACUUCAAUAGACCAGUUAGCGAAACUCAUCGGCAAAGCUGGAAAAGGCGCAUUGAAAUCACUCGUCAAUCAGGAUUAUCUUCACAUUCACCACCGCCAUCUUCCGGCGCCAAACUCCCCCUUUCUGACCCCCACUAAAAUCAUAAAAAGUACAGCCAUUAUCAUCGGCACCACCAUUACCAUGGCCAUCAUCUCCAUCAUCAUCAUCAUCAUGACCACCACCACCACCAUCGUUGUCGUCGUCAUCAUCAUCAUCUUCACUUUCGUCUUUUUCCAGUGUGUAACACUUAUUUACUGCCAGUAAUGUAAAUGUAAACAUUUCAAAGUUAUCACAAGUUUACUCAACCCAAAUUCAUGUACGAUUAUCUUACAGGUUACCAUUCCCAAGAAGCACACAACCUACUGGUGCUCACUGAUUAAGGCACCUAAGAUCACCUCGAAGCACCACAUAACCAAGGUAGAUGUUUUCAGUCAUCGGCGUACGGGAAAAAUUUUGUUGGGGGGGCUGAAUAUAAUUUGCCCGAAUGAAACUUGUUAGUUACAGAUGCACAAGAUGAUUCUUUCGUGACGUCAAGUUUUCUUCGCCAUGCCGUGAGAGUACGAACGUUCAAAAUAGUGCAAAUAUUUUCGGUAAAUCGAGAUGAACAUUUCUAAAAUACAAAACCAUGAAGUGAGAGAUAAAACGUACCAAUUUGAGCUCUAAAAGAAGUAUGAAGAACGAUUACUUCGACACCCAAAUGUGUCAAUAAUCCUUUGCAUGUCAUUCUGCAUUGUCUUGUUUGCAUACUGUCUUUCAAUGUUAAUAACGGCGAUACCGCUAAGCCGGUCUUGUCCCAUUGUGGAUCUUAAAAAUGUCUUGAGCGGCGAAGGGCGCUGAAAGACCUUUCAGCAGAGCACGAGGUUGCAGGAAUUUUGGCCAGGAUGGAGGUAACUUUAUAUAGGACAGGUAAAAUGUCAUGGAGACCAUUUUGAUGCAUGGUCUUUACGAUCACGGCUGCGUUUUUUCUCUGGCAUGGGUCCCCGCAGUCGUAGUUUUCAAAGAUUGACUUAUCACUUGAUAGCAGUUCACUAUCCACGCCAUAGAAAUUUCAUACAGUUUGGAUGUUGUUGAUGCUUGGAGAACGGCUGAAUACGAUUUCGCCCAAUGCGCACAAAACCUCCAGGGCCGAGUUGUUCAAAGCUGGGUUAAGAUAACCCAGGGUUAGUGCGAGAUUUGAAUUCAGAUUUGACAGCUUAAAAAGCAUGUCAGUUUCAUUUCUUUUUGUCUACAAGUUGAUGAUUGGAAGCUCUAAAAAUAGCAGAGAAAAUUACUCGACAAAAUGCUUUUGAACCCAAGAAAAAGAAACCCGGGUUAAAUUUAACCCCGGGUUAAGAGCUAAUCGGCUUUCGAACAACUGGGCCCAGGUCAUUGCCCUCAAACCUUGAUUGAAGUUCACUGACGACUUUGUCAAUACAUGUGUAAUAAACUGUGAUACGAAAGUGGUCUUUUGCCCUCUGUUGUGAGCUGUCGUUCGCUGCAGCAGGUGUCUCACCUUACUGUGUCUUUGCCCGAAUGGUACAUUAGUUUUGCCCGAAUAAUACUAUUUUUUCCCGACAGGGGGGGCUGCAGCCCCCCAGCCCCCCCACCCUGUACGCUGAUGUUUUCAGUAAUCGAUUGCAGUUUGCGUUCCAGCUCUUUUAUACACAGGAGGAUAUUGAUUGUAGUAAAAACACUUACACUCAAUUUUCGUGAAACAAAGAACGAUCAAUGUGAAAGACCACGUUUUAUGACUUGGAACCCAUCGUUUAAUCGUGUCUCGUUCUGAUAAUAAACCGUAAAACAUUGCUCUAUAUAUGCUAUUACUCACUUGGCGUGAUCUUUGUACAAUUGUCAUAAAGUUCUGACAUACUUCUUUCAUUCAUGUUCAUCGAGUAUCUUGACUAUCUUUAACUUGUUUUUAUCUUUGCAGAUCGAGCCAUAUAUUCAAAAGGGAAAUGAAGGAUUCGUCCAUCAUUUUCUUGUGUACGAAUGCCAUGGUGACUAUAAUGAGAGUCAUUACGGUUUUGGUGUUGAUUGUAAAGAAAUCGCCAACAUGCCAUUCCUCAAAUGUUUCUAUGGCAAAGUGUUAGCAGUUUGGGGAGUAGGUGGUGAGGUAAACGAUUGUAAAUUGGCAUUACUAGAAUACUGUGGGACGCCUGUCUGAUGAUAAUAGUCCUAUUGGGAAGCGAUAAGAGGCUUUAGCUACCUAUUGCGAAAGCAAAUGAAACAGCCUAACACAGUGGAGCGUAAGAGUUAAUAUGACCAUCAGCCUCUUUUAUUUGUUUUUCUUUGUUCCCUACACAGGCAUUUUAUUAUCCGAAAAAUGCUGGUUUUCCAGUAGGAACAGUAGAUACUCCGAAAAGUUACUUGCUGGAGAUUCACUACGACAAUCCAGAGGGGAUCAUGGGUAAGUACUUAUAUAUUGUGUAACACAAUCACUACCAACCAAUAAUUAAGAGCCUUUUCUGUUUUUUGUUUGAAUGUAAUUACCCCUACUAAUUUUGUCAUUUGGUAAAACUAAAAUGGUUUCAAAAUUUAUCGUUAAUUAAAUAAUCACUGGAUACAUAUAACUUGUCUUUGACGUCUCUCAUUCAUGCAAGAAUCGAUGGUGGCAUAAAAAAGUUGUAGGAUCACUAAAACUAUAGCUGCAACAUGUUGUAUAGAUCACUAAAACUAUAGUAUUAAAUCUGAUCAAUAAAAACCUAAGGGAUUAAAAAUAUUAUCAAUCAAACCAACAGUACGAGAACUAAAGACAAACGAAAUAUUGCAUCUUCCAUUCAUGGAAUUUAAGGACUAAUUUAGCGUUAAAAAGAGCUCAUAGUGCAAGUAUUUCGGGGCCUAGUAAAUAUUGCAUCUUCCAUUCAUUUAAGGACGCAAGGACAGUUCAGGGGCUCGAUUUUACUACUCCUCUAAUCUCCGCGAGUUCGACGCUGGUAUAUUUGCUGUUGGCCUUAAGAUCAGUCCAUAUAUGGUCAUCCCUCCGAAACAAGAAUCUUGGUUGACUGUUGGUUACUGCGCUAAAGAAUGCAGUGAAGUAAGGAAAAAAUUGUUUUAAAUUUCCUGUACAUAACACUGUGUUUAACAUCUAAGAGAAAACAUAAAACAAGUUAUGUUGAAACACAUAGGUCACUCAGCUUUGGAGGAAAUAGUCGACAGAAAGACGCUUGUUAAUGAGAGUCCACUUGUACCUAAAUUUUAGUCUGUCUAUUUAAAGUGCUUAGAUCAAAGGGUUUGGUAGCAGUAGAUGUAAGUCUGCUACAGGUGUUAAUGCAAGUGUUUGUUACUCUGUUUCAGAAAGCUUUUAGCUCGACAAAACUUCCAGGCAGAGGAAUCAGGGUGUUUGCUGCAUUUCUCCACACUCACCUACAAGGUACAGUGAUCCGAGAAUUAUUAAAGGCUUGAUUCUCGAAAAAGAACCUAUACUCACAAAACCGUUCUGUAAACAAUUUUGUCACCUUUACCUUAUACUCUAGAUAUAUUGUGUGGUCUUAAUGCACUGAGUAAUCAAAACAAAUUUCAGAGGCGUUUCUCCUUUACCCUUUGUUGAUUACCCAUGUUGACUAGAAAUUAACUCAACUUUUAUAUUUAUUUAUGACAAAACUUGUUGGAUUUUCUAGGCCGCGCAACAUGGACCAAACACUAUCGAAACGGUGUUGAACUACCAGAAAUUGCGCGAGAUGAUAACUACGAUUUUAACUUCCAGGUACUCAUUAUUCUGGGCAAUUUAAAACCACGUAUUUCAUCACCUUUGUCUCAGAGCGCUCUUCUGGGUUUGUGGUUGUUAUUUCAUUUACAUCUUAGAUAAUCAGUAGUGUUUGAUGAAAAUACCAAGAGUGUCCGAAACGAUUAAAUUAAUGUUACUAAUUAAAUGGAGACACUGUUCAGUAAACGUUUUUAAAGCACUGCUUAAAAACUUUUAAUUUUUUUUCAAGGAUAUUCAAGUGCUGAAGAAAGAAGUUCAUAUUAAGCCGGUAAGCCGAGUUAUUUAUUGAUAACAAGCGGAAUUCCCAUCACGCUUAGGCUUUGCUCCAUGCAUGGGUAAAGAUAAAAAUUUGCCUGCAAUUAAGCAAGAGAUGGAUCUGCAUGAAGUUAAAACGGAUCACUGAAACCACAAAAAAAUUAGAAGGUCUAACAGGUGAGUUAGGGUUAGUGUCUCUUUUAAAGAAGGGAUUAUAGUAACGCGAAAAGGUCUUCGCAAUGGAUGUUUUAAAAACACUACGUAACUUACUAGACUUCAGUUAAAGUUAUCUCUCUUUAACCAUUGGGUAGAAUAUGCGUUUUUGAUUAGCUUAUGAACUCGUGUGAACUCAUUAUUCUCUUGCACUUAGGGAGAUGACUUGGUUCACUUCUGUGAAUACCAAACUAUGGAUCGUGACAAGCUAGUCGUGGUUGGUAUAUACAUACAGUUCUAACUACCCCUUCAGAGUCUUCCUUCAAUGUCUAAAGCAAUUUAUUACAUGUCUCGUUCAUUUUGGUGGCGAGUGGUCUUACAGUGACUGAAUUUAGCUAAUGCCCCAUUCACACCAAAUGAACAUGUUUAUUUUAUAACUUGAAUCAAAACAGUCACGAAAAAAGAGAAACUGGCUUGAAAUGAAAUUUAUCUUCAUUUGUACUGAUUUGCUUUGAGGAAACUACAAUUUUGAACCGCGCUCACCUAAAUUUUCGCGUCACACCUUCUUCCAGCUUUGCAUUUUUCACUGGUCAGAAAAAAACGACGAUAAACCUAUGCCCUGACUCUGAGUAAAGCUUCCUUACUUCUAGCUGCAUGCAGUAUCGUUUGCACAUUACUAUGUACUAUGAAUGCACUUUCUAUAUUGUAAAAUGGCUGUUGUGUUGCAAUCAUUUGUAGGGUGGUAGCGCUACCUCCCAAGAAAUGUGCCUUAAUUUUAUAUUUUACUACCCGCUGGUGAAAGAACUUAAAACUUCUUGCACAAGUACACAGUUCAAGCCAGUUCAUGACUUUAUCAACAAGUACUAGUGAGUAGAUUUUCUUUUACUGCUAAUAUGUUCCACACUUCACAUUCCCGUUUUCCCAUUGUGCUCCUCCUCUGAAUAGGAAUGAAUGGCAAGUCCAAAACAUAAGCAACUAACGUGCGAGAAUCUUAUUUUGAAUCCAAGACGAAGGCUUAUUGAGAGUAUCAGUUUGUUUGUUUGUUUUUUUUUGUUGUUGUACAACUGUGCUUUUAUUUGAUCCCCUCAGAGAAAAUAGUAAUAAUAAAAUAACCGUAUAAAGAAACUACAGUAUUUUGAAGCUGUUGGUGAACUAUCAAGUUUUAUAAAGAGCUGUACAUUUCGUCAGUACGGCAACUUGUAGGCAAACGUUUUGGUAGAGUUCGAUAUGAAAGAAUAAAUAUCUCAUGAAUGUGUUACGUUAGCGUGGCCAAAAAAAUGUUAAAAUCUUUAACAUUUUUAGAUAUUUCAUGGGGGGACCUCUCUGUUUCAAUUUUUUUCCUUCUAGUCCUUCUCUGAAUAUCACGUCCCCAUUUCAUAACCCCCUUGCUGAAGAUGAGGAUAUUAGUUGGACCAAAGAAAUGAUAUCAAAAUUGAAGAAAGGAUACAGUGAAGACAGAACCUUUACCCCAACCUGCUACAUGGUAUGUGAACUAUACUAUUUAAAAUCCUUUUUGAUUUAAACUUAUAAAUAUUUUAAGAAAUUAAGUACCAGUUUUGAAAUAUUUGAAACACAAAUUUACCUCCGGCAUAAGAAUUUGUCCUGGACUUAUUAAUUGGAAAGGUUUUUAUAAAAAUUCUAGCUUAAUUUAAUUAAAAACUGAAGUAUCAAUGGAAGAAUGAAUUAAAAAGACUAACGGAUUAACCAAGUAUUCAGAAACAUUUCUCGUAGUUCGGCUAUAACUCGUCUUUCAAACAUUAUCGGUAUAAAGUGGUAUUCCGUAGGCCACGUCUCACAUCACCUGAGCUUUUAAUGAAUUCAGUGGGGCGUUUAAGAACCCUCACACUGUGCGUAAAGAGUAGGGGCCUUAAAAUUCAAAUUCACAUCCACAUAGGGGGCAUCAUCUCUCGUUCCCUCAUUACUUGUAAACUGUAUCAUAAGCAGUCUGGCAAAAGUCCCCCAACCACUGUUGUAAAUUAUCCCUGAAAAGCCCAGAUUAGAGCACCAUAGUCCACAAAUUUUGACCCCUAAAAGUUACGACGAGAAGUUUAGCCUGCAAACGCAGACAUGUUUUUGCAUGGUUCGAGUGGAGAGAAGCGACGACCUGAAAUACAUAAUCUUUUGAAGGCUACGAGCAGCCCCGUCAUUCCUAUAAUUUUUAAUCUCCUUCUUUGAUUAUAUGCGUAAAAAAAUUCACAGGUAUUAUUUCCAUAUGAUAUGUAAAUUUCUGCUGCUUAUUUUUCAGCGAGGUAACAAACCUCCGUUCAAAACAUUGCCAGUACCAAAGAUUACAACCCCUCUGCCUCAACAAGAAUCAAGAUGUUCUCACCCCUCUCCAAAGAGUGCUGGCAAAAACACAUAUUCUACACUGGUCGUCUCAUGCAGUGUUUCCCUCUUUAUAUCCGUAAUUUUCAUGUUAUAGACAUGUAUUACCGAACUCUGCUUUCUUUGUUUCGUUUUCCAGUUUUCAAUAUGCUCAGCAUUGAGUUAGUGAUCGUACUGAUAGUAACCUUUUUUUUCAAAUCAUGUGCAUUAGAUAACGUUUGUUAUUGCUCACUUUUGUAUUAAAGAGUACCGUUAAAAACUAUUGAAAUAAAGUAAAAUUAUUCAUAUUCACCCUUGGAGUCUGUCCAUUUUAUCAUAAUCACCACCGCCAUUACCGUUAUUAACACUAUUCUAAUCAUCAUCAUCAUCAUCAUCAUCAUCUAGUGCUAGUAGACUUUGGUGAAAAAUAGAAGAUGCCCUGGGGACGAGGUUGAGAAAAAAAUAUAUAAUAAUAAUAAUGAUGAUGAUGAUGAUGAUGAUGAUGAUGAUGAUGAUGAUGAUGAUGACAGUAAACAUUAUGAUAAUGAGAAAGAUAAAUUCACCCUCGGUAUACGAGUUCUUGAAUUUUAGGCUGUUAAAUAGAGCCUUUUGUGCGCAUUAUCACAAAAACUCUCUUGCGUAACAAUAAAAUUUGGCCAAAAUGGCGGUCGUUUAAAUGAAAUCCUGAAAAAAGCAAAAUAGUCUGAAGAAGCAAUUAGAGAAUCGGUUCGCGACGCCACUAUUGAUUUCCGACUGGGCAUUUCGCGGGGAAUCCAGUGGUCGUUGUUGUUGUUGAAAUUUCGCCUGUUGGGUUUUCGUUUAACCUGGCUAACGAUCGUUUAGUAUUGAUUUCCGACCUGGCAUUUCGCGGGGAAUCCAGUGGUCGAAUUUUCUCAUCGAUCGUUUAACCUGUACAUGACCUUUCCGCCAGCGGGCGUUGUUGACCGCGCAUGAGAAUUAUGUUUCGUCAUUGUACCUCGUGGCACUCGGCAGCCAAACAUUGUUGUAAUCAAGUUGUUGUUGCGAUUAAACCAUUACAGUUCGCUAUUCGCGGCUCGUCUAGCUUGUCCUCACUACUGGCGUUCUGUAAAUCGAUUUAUUUAAUUCUUUGUUUUGCUGUCCCACUGGAUCUCUUUUUCUUUAUAAAUUUUCUGAAGUAAGAUAAAGGGAUGGUUUCCGCACGAAAAUUCCACCGCUCUCUCGGUCUGGCAAAUAAUUGUUACUUGCCCUCGGUCCUUCCCGGCGAGGAAUGCGGGCUCAUUCCCCGAAUAUGUAGGUCUAUGUAGGGCUAUGUAUGGCUAUGUAUGGCUCAUUUCCCGUAUGGCCAUGUACAGCGGCUGGUAAUCUCCUGGAAAUUUAAUUUUGGGGAACCAAAUGAUGUUAGCCUCCUAAAUUCAAUUUUUGAAGCAAGGUAGCCUGCGGAAACAGCUGUUUCUCCUCGCUCUUCGCCGCUGGGGACGUUUCGGGGGAAGAAAAGAAGGCCGGAUCCUAAUCAAGGAUCUAAUCAGCAAUAAGCGAAAAUAAUAUAAUAUAUAGGUAAUCUCCGACACUGAUAUUUUGCUGUAAGCAUAAAUUACAAUGAUCACAAAUGCUACUGCACACUCGAGUUCAAUAUUGUAAAUGAAGUUGAAUUUUUACAAACUUGUAAAGGUUAUCUAUUCUAUACACUGAAUUAGUAAGGAAACCGAUUAUAGGCUAAUAGUUGUAUUACGUGACACGUGGUGGUUGAAAUUAACACAUCAGCAUGAUCAGUGUCAUACAAACAGAUGCAUUGCAUACCUUUGCGUCUUUGAAAGCUAAGUAGAUUAGUGCAGUGUUCUUCGAAGAAGGUCAAUUAUAUGAAACAUGUUGCUACUGGUAAUUACCUUUUUAGCUUUAACCUCAAGUGGCAUCGCUGAUCUCUCAUCUGAAUAUGCCCAUCACGCGGUGUUGGAUCCUGCAGAACUAAUGAAACUGUAUUGGACAGUUGACUGGGACAAGGAGACCAUAUCGUUCGCUGUUGAGGCGGCGACUACUGGAUGGGUCGGGUUCGGUUUCUCUUCAGGUAACGGCAUGAUGGUCGGUAGUGAUGUUGUUAUUGGUUGGGUGAAGGACUCCAAGGGAUAUAUAACGGUGAGGAUGAAGCUAUAUUCUUAUUUUUCUGUAAUCAUAGUAGCUGUUGAAUUGAUGCACUUAGGGUACGCUUUAGAAAUGCCAAGUUAAGCUUGUACAGCGGCGCAGCGGCAAGCGAGCUGUUAAGGAAACAUAACUCAUUAGGAGUCAAGGAAAGAUAUUGAAAAGACGAAGUCAACACCCCAAAUACGGACCCGUACCUGUGAUCCUAGUCAAAGCAGCUGGAUUGCGUCAUGUAUUGGUGAAAUCGAAGCUUUAACAUCACCCCGGAGAACCCCCGGACAUUUGACUUUUUUCAAAUAUUGUUCACAAUUUUUCUCUUGGGACGACUGUUAUACCCAGGAGAAAUUGGAAACAAAGGUUAUGCAAAAUUUUGGGGGUUCAGUAAAGUGCAUUAUGGUCUAUUGAGCCAAAUAGCCGUUCAAAUGCCACAGGUCCGUUUUAGGCGAUCAUUUCUCCCCACCCCGUGGAUAUUUUAAAAGCGCUACGUAUUUUAUAUACAGUGCAUGACCUUUCCAUUCAGUUUAUAGACAGGGGGUUAAUCGUGUCUAAGGUUGACUGUGAUGGUCUGAAUUAGAAACGAAAGGAUUUACAUUAAACAAGUCAGAGAGGAAUGCUCUCACUGCCAGGAUACCUGGGGGCUACUCCUGAAAAUUCUCACAAUAGCAUAUUGGCAAGUAUGCAGCUAUAUUGGAUUUCGAUUUUGACAUCAUGUGAUAAUCUGCGAUUAUAGGCUAAUCAGUUCAGGGCGAUUCGAGACUACUACAUGUAGUAAAAAUUAAAUCCAGAAUAGCAGGAUAAUGACCACUUAUGCCAAUAAAACAGAAACCUAAAUCCUCAGAAUCCUUUUCGCUAACGUGGCCAACAGCUAUACAAAUUUAAUUUAUUUAAAAAAAGAACGGUUUUACAUAAGAAAAAGGCGCCUUCUCCAUAGGACUGGUUUGCUCAGUGUUCGUUGUUUCAUUGCUUUGGGACACCAAUAUGGCGGAUAUGACGUUAUGUGAGAACAUAACAUAGGUAUUAUAGGUGUUCAGGUCUUUAUUGGGAUUGGGUCGGGGGUUGCUUGUGAAAUUUGUUUUCAUUUGCAUGUCUGGGAUGUCUUGAAUGGCAGAACCAGGGAAACACAAUGAUGAUUUCAUAAAAUUUUACUUUAUAUUUGCGCCGCAGGACCGCUAUGCAGAUGCAAGGAGUUUGCCACCUAAGGACAGGGAACAAAAUUACGUCUUGACUGGCUUCGAGGAAACUGGGAAGAAAACUGUGCUGCGAUUAAACAGAAAAAUUGACACAUGCGAUCCUAGGGACAGAAAGAUAACGGUGAUUAUAACAUGAUAAACUUGAUCAAUAUUCUAUGCCGAAUAACAGUAAAACCUCGUUAAUAUGGAUACUGAGCAGGUUAAAGAAAGCGUCCGUGUCAACGGGGCGUCCGUAUUAAGAGAAAAAUGUAAGGGCUUUUUGCCCCUGGGACAAAGUAAACUAUCUGUAAUAAUGAGGUAUCCGCAAAGCGGGGGUUCUGCUGUACUUUUCUUUGUUGAGGGAAUAUCUUUGUCGGCUGACCACCAAACGCCGUUUAUUAUUGUUGUUUUUUAUAACAGGAAGGCACAACAAAAGUGGUGUUUGCAUUUCACACUGAAGAUCCUAAAUCCGAAAACGAUUUUAAACUGCACACUCUCAGAGGGUCAAGAAGCAUACUACUAUUAAACAAGUUGGACAAGAAACAAAUUAACGAAACAGGAUGGAAGAGUUUUGUACUCCAAAACAAAAAUGUAAGAUCAUGUGAGAUAACGAACUUAGCUUUCGGUUAGAAAGAAAAACAACGAAUAUCACACUCAUUAUUAUAGGAACUGAGAUUUACCUUACCUUGUUAGAAAAAGAAUAAGAGAAUGAAGAUUCUUCCGUUUUGUUGGGAUUCAACUAUUAUCAACGAAAUUGCUUCUUAGUUCAUACUCCAGCAGAAUCUCGAAAGUUCGGUCAAAGCUCUCGAAACUCCUCCACGAAACAUUUGUGAUGUCAUUAGUAUGACAAGCCCUAACAGUGAUCAGCAUCAAAUCUUUCCUUGUAAUAUCAAUGCUUUGUAAAACAGAGUGGUCAUGAGAAUUACGGACAUGAUCACACAAGAUGAAUUUGCUUAAUGACUUUUUAUCAACUUCUCCCCACUACUUCUGUAGGAAAUGAAUAGGGGCAACAAAUGAGAAUUCAAAUUUUUUGAGCAUGCUCAGUAUUAGCACUGGCAGUCUGAAAUUGGUUUAACUUUCGUGACUCAGCUCUUUAUAUGUACAAAAUGCUUUAGAAACUGGAUAAGUUAAGGGGGCAAAAUUGUAUUUUUUAAUAUUUAUAUUGGGCAAAGCCGCUGUGAAAAGGGAUUCCAAUUCAGUUUUCGUUGCUGAAGUACUUUCGUUUUGCGCGCAAUUAAUACUGACAUCAUGGGGGCCAACUUUAUUGAUGCAAUAAAACCAUUUGGUUAAUUGUGAUUAUUGUACAUGGCACUUUCACAGUGUCCAUCAGCUAAGAAUUUCGUGAUCUUGGUUGCAGAUAUCAAUUCCCAAGAAACGCACAACCUACUGGUGUACUCUGAUCAAAGCACCUGAGAUCAAAGGAAAGCACCAUAUCACAAAGGUGACCAUUAUAUUUUACUAAACAAACAAUGAGAGAAUAUAGUCUCUUGAAUAUAUACGAGGCCUACAGCACUACUAUUUGAAUAUCAUCCCAAAGCCGGCACCAAAAAACAAAAUAAUAAUGAUAAUAAUAAUAAUAAUAAUAAUAAUAAUAAUGACAAUCGUCACAUGGUAACAUUGUCCUUUCCCACCUCGUGUUAACGAAAUGGUUCGCAUUUUGACUGCAUACCGUCAGAUAAUUAUUGAAGCGCAAAACUAUAUUCUCUAGUGAAAAAAUGCAUGCUUGAUUUUGAUAAGGAUGAUUGAUGAUGAUGAUGAUAAUGUUGAUGAUGAUUAUUAUUGCUGUUAUUUGUUAUUAUCAUUUUGUUUCAGUUCGAGCCAUAUUUACAAAAGGAUAACGAAGGUUUUGUUCACCACCUAGUAGUGUACGAGUGCCAUGGAAAUUAUAACAACAGCCAUUUUGGUGUUGGGUUUGACUGUCUUGACUUUGCCAACAUGCCACUCUUGCAGUGCUACAUGGUUACUCCAAGUCUAAUAGCUGCCUGGGGAGUAGGCGGCCAGGUAAGGAGAUACAAUGAACAUUUAACCACUAGGUACUUUUUGGAGUAAUGAGACACACGACCUAAUUUGGCACUGAGAUUUAAGGUAUUUCGAUACCCACAGCUUUUGGGAGAUCAUAGUGACUUUAUAGCAUCUCUUUAGAUAAGCGCACCGUCCCUAUAUCACAUCAAAACUAAAUUUCCUACAGUACUUAUUUGAAAUAAAGUUUGGCAUUUCAAUAGCAGGCUUUAUUCGAAACAAACUUUAAUCAAAACAUGUUAGGGGUGAAAAUGUCGUUUCGACAUGACCGGGAGAAGGUCUUUUGUAAAGUGAUUGAACUGAAUACUGGUCUGACUGGUAUGGUCUCCUUAGAUUAAUAUUAAAACAUCGUGACUAAGAGACUAACCCUCAUUGAGUAGGUAUAGCUCUUGACCACUCAAACGAUAACAGUUUAAGACAGACGGUUAAACAGGAGCUAUUGAAUGCUUUCUUCGUUUCGGCUUUGGCUAUCCCUACUUCUUCACGCACAGUCCUAAGGGGUAACUUUGUGGAUAAGACCAUGGGCAUUCCGUAUUAAAAUCUUAAAUGAGACAAAAAUCUUUAACUUACACCCCUAAGCAAGACGACAAGCAUUCCCGUCCGUGUCAUUAUAGUCGUUAUAGCCUACCAAGCUGACAUUCUUUUAUCCUUGUAGACCCAGCGGCGGUCAGUUUUGUCAGGAAGAACGGCGACGAAAGUUUUCAAGAACGGGCAGGAGAGCCCCUGGGAUGCUUCUCUCAAAGAACUAGUUUCACGACUUACUCUAAUGCUUGUCUGUGAUUGGGCACAAAAAACAUUCGAAUAGGUCGUGGAACUGGUUCGUUAUGAGUAACAUCCCAGGGGAUCUCCUGCCCGUUCCUGAAAACUUUCGCCACCGUUCUUUCUGACCCAACUGACCGCCCCUGGGUCUCCGAGGAUGACAUUCUUUUUGGUCAUUACGAAAAAAGAUUAGAAAAGAACGUUUAUGGGGAAGCUUUCAGGUUAAGUCUUCAUGUACAUAAUUAAACGAAAAAUUAAUGAAAAAAUAAGUAUGUGGUCAUGCGAAAAAGAUUAGAAAAACUAGUUGCCUUCUUGUACAUAAUUCAGUUUCGUUUCACCUUAUGUUCAUCUCAGGCAUUUUACUACCCGCCAAAAGCUGGUUACCCAAUUGGAAUGGCAGAUUCUCCCAAACAGUAUAUGUUGGAGAUGCAUUACGACAACCCAGAAGGGAUUGAAGGUCUGUACAAAGUGCAACAUGAGAUAUAUUAUUUGACUGUAUUUUUGAUUGUGGAUGCAUCCAUCUGUGCGAGAGGAUUUCGUCACCCCCUUCUCCUCCAUUUGUAAGUUUUUACACUAAACAAUGUCAAAGUCUCCUUUAAAGUCAAGUUAUUAAUACUGCGGCUAGCGGCUAAGGAAGAGAAGUCAAUUUUUGGGGGUGAACACAACAAUUUUUAAUAAAAUCUUAUUCAUUAUUUAAUUUAUCCCUUUGACAAAGGACGCACUGACAGCUCUGGAGUAAAAUUUUAUUACACUUCAAAUCUUCGCCAAUACGAUGCUGGUAUAUUAUCUGUCGGACCAAGCACAGAUUCAUUUCUGGUCAUUCCACCAAAGCAAGAAUCCUGGAUCUCCGUUGGUUAUUGCCCCAAAGAAUGCACACAAGUAAGAUAUACCGAAUGCGAUUCAGUAGUUUAGAGAGCAUUUUUAUGACUAUAUUUUGGGUUUUGUAAUUUUUUUUUUCUUACUGCUCUUAGGAACAUUUAAAUGCAACGAAACUACCUGGAAAAGGUGUUAACGUUUUUGCUGCAUUCCUACAUACUCAUCUUCAAGGUAUGUCAUCAAUGAUGCAGUCAUGUGUGUUCGAGGACUUUUGGAGAGGUAUUGUGUUUUUCAACACCUAUUUAAAUGUCGAGACAAACCAGAGUACUUUCUGGAUACUUGGUGAUUGAGUGUAGAGUAUUCUACUGUCCAGGGCUAGUCCCUCCCUUUGGCAAAGUGUGUCCCAUCGUUUGUCUUAAUUUCUCCUCUAUUUAAAUAUGGAAUUUGCAGGACGUGCAACAUGGACAAAACACUAUCGUGACGGAGUUGAAUUGCCAGAGAUUGCAAGAGACGAAAACUACGAUUUUAAUUUCCAGGUAUGGUAGGGGACAAUGCAUAGCAAGCUCUCUUUACAGCUCUAUUCAAAGGCCAUUCUUCCACACACUGUUGUGAACUAAGGUAGACCUGCUUCUCAGAGACUAUACAGUAGGAUACGUCCAGUAUAUGAAAACUCUCUUCGUACUCAAAUGCAAGUUCGAGAACCAGUAUCGAGGAAUGUUCAAGCGGACGAGGAAAACCGCCAUUAAGAAUCCUACCCUGAGGAGUCUGAGGAGUGAGUUGUGAAUAUUAUACAGUACAUGGCUUGUUCCAUGAGUAGUAAACACUUUUCUUAUUCUGUUGGUAGGACAUACAAAUGUUGAGGAAGGAAGCUCACAUCAAACCGGUAAAUAUUUACUCCAUCAUAACAACAGACCCCUGAAUUGCUCAUCUGUUAGCAUUCUAAUGUCAUUCAAUACUGAGCAACUUUCUGUUGUUCGCACUCAGGGCGAUGACUUGGUUCAUUACUGCAAAUACCAAACAUUGGACCGUGACAAAAUGGUUGUGGUAAGAAUGCUUAGGUUAUGUUCAGAUUCAGUACCAGGCAGCUUUUUGUGGCGCAGCAAAAACCUGUCCGUUAUAUUUAUUUACUAUGAACAGCAACAGCGCGGGGCGGCACAAGUCGUUCACCCACAUCUAACAUCGUGCCGGCGUGGUUGGCCGAGAGGGCUUGGUGUCCAGUUCUCACUUCUGAAUAUUUUUUCGCCUCAGCGGGUUCUAGUCCUCGCACAAACUUAGUUACUAAGGUGGUCACACUGCUCCAAAGUAGGGCACAAAACCUAUCCGAUAUAUGACUCUCGACUUUCGAAAUCGUUCUUGUGUGUGAACAGAAACCCGAUCCGGUAUGAUUUUCGUGGCGGCGCAAAAGCUGUCAGGUAUAAUGUGAAGAUAACCUUACCAAAGUACGUUUUGCGUCGUCAUGUCGCAAACUUUAAAUGCAGCAAAGAAGGAAGUAGAUAAAAAUCGUCGACGUCGCGCCCUUUUUCUCAAGCAGCUCUUCUGUAACCUGCACUCACACGUCUCACUUACGAUUGACUGCUUUUCAUACAUUUCUCAGCAUCUCAAAAUUCUCAGUUAGUUCUGUUUAAUCUACUGAAUUAUAGUAAAGAAAAGUAUGCCUUAAGACACCCCAAAACAAAUGGUCGGUUUUUCGGGGAGCGUGAUUUGCCUUAUUCGAAGCCCGGGAUUCGGGAUUUUAUACCAAAAUGAGAGCGGGAUUCGGAAAAUAACCAUCGAGAUUACAGAAUUGAUGGGAAAUUGGAAUCGGAAUUACGGGACUGAAGACCUCUUUUUGGGACGCUAACUUUGAAAUGCAUUAACCUUUUUAAAUAUAUGGAUGCCCGCUCUUUACCUAAUAAUAUGUUGCUCUCACGCUAUCUUGAUCUUCUAUGCAUUUGAAACACGCAGGGUGGCCAGGCUACCUCCCAAGAAAUGUGCAUUGACUUUCUAUUUUAUUACCCACGGAUGGCGAAUAUUUAUCAGUUCUGUAGCAGUUUACUGUACGCGCCAAUCAAAGACUUUGUUGGGAAAUACUUGUAAGUAACAUCUCAUCAUGCUUUCCAAUCAAAGACUGCAUUUAAUAGCAAGUACUUACACUGAAGAAAAAGAUUCUUAUUGAACCAUAACGAUCUUAAAAACGGAAAUUUUGGUGACCUAGCGAAGAAAACACAUAGGCAAGUUUACCUUCAAACAUCAACCAACUUGAAGAAAUGACUGCAUAAUCUAGAUAGAUGACCUACCUGAUUGAUUGCAGAAAUAAAUGGCAAAAUUUGGUGUACGUUGAGAACUGAAUUUCUCUAAGUUAUUUAAAGAAGUCUACUUAGACUGCCUAAGUUUAAGACAAUUGGUGGACCUUCCAAUUUGAUUACGCUUGGAUUAUCAGUUUCAUAAGCUAAACAUUUUGGUCUGCCCCGCAGCUAUAGAAGAACCUUCUUGACACUGCUUAAAGUAAACGACGUUCAGAUAUGGGUCUAACCUGGUUAAAUGACCUACCACUGACGCAGUUUUGUUAAACUGGCAGCGGUUAAAUUACCGGCCCUUAGUCUUAAUUAACAGUUGUUGUAUUUUUAGUCUGGUAUCCAUUCUUGUCCCGCCACAAAAGCUUUGACACCAUGAGUUCAAAUGCUCAUAGCGAACCUCGAUCGAAUAUGUUGAUUUUUGAUUUUAGUCCGGAUGUUAACGUAACUUACCCAAAUCCUAUGGUUGGUAUGAACAUAACAUGGACCGAAGACAUGGUGUCAGAUUUGCGAUCAAGAAUGGAUAACGCCAUGGGAUCCACAGCUCUAUGUAAAGGCUGGGUAAGUGCUUUCAGUUCAUGAUUAUCAGUGACAUCAGUAGACAAUUCAUACGCCUCAAGCUGUAAACCUGUUUUCGAAUGAACGAAUUGCAGGGUAGAUGCAACUCAAAAUUUGGUGCGCUUUAGUACUUGUGCAAGAGUGUACGAGCUUAAAAAGCUUGCUGUGACAUCUAGUGUGAAGAUAAUUGUACUCUGUCGAUAAGACUAGAAAAUAUUACCCUGUUUUACACCCGCUGGGUCAAACUGUGCUGUGUCCUGCCCUUCCUUAUUGGAAAAAAGAUGAUGUUCUAUUCCUAUCUUGAAUCGCCCAUGUGCCUUUAUUGAUCCAUUUACAGCUCGUUAUCCAAUUUUCCUGGACCAUUCAUUUGCCUGCUGCCUUUCACAAUCUGUGACAAACUGGGCAUUAACCCAACCGAUCUUAAGAAAUCGCCUAUAAAGCUUCGAGGCCAGCACCUUUUCAGCUUUGUAGCAGAAUUUUGUAAAACAGUUUUUCGAUUUUAAAAUAAUCUUAGUUAUUAGUCUUCGAAGGGGACAGACUAUGAAUAACUGUUGCUUCUCCACAUAUCUAGAGGUAGUCUGUACAUGGACGUUGUUUUCUUCAGUUUUUCCGUUUGACAGUCGACGAGCACGCGCGCGAGGGCGUUUUUCUUUUUUCCCCACCCCAGCCCAUUACGUUAGCGUCCAAUAUAUCCCGGCGGUUUUCAUUUCCAUACGCGCUCGACGAUCUCUACAGAGGAAAUAGAGGGUUUGGUUUCUAUUUAGAGGACACAGUUGCUGCGAAUUGUAACAUUUUAUUUUAUAUUCCACAGGGUAAAUAUGAGUGGUUACCAAAUCCAAAAGUCACCAAGCCUUUACCUCCAACAAAAUCACCAUGUCUCCAGCCCACCCUUGGAGAUCCUGAAGGCGAAGGUUCCUUUGUAUCUGCCUCUCGCAGCCUUGUUGUGCUUCUGUUUGCUACUUAUAUCAUGUUUUUUGUGAUAAAUUAAUAGCCUCAUUAUUCUUUUUCUUUUUGACGUUUUGUUGUGACUUUAAACAUAUAUGCAGAUAUCAUACCAUUAUAUUACUUUGUAAAAUCGGUUUUAUCCGGACAAAGGCCAAUAAAUCUUAUCUUGCU